UUUAUUUUUGACCCUGAAAUCUGACUUUUGCGCUGGACAUUCAACGCUUAUGACGCACUCUUAUUAGUGAUUUGCUACUUGACAGCGCAAUAACAAAGGCAGGCUCGGAGGCAACCAAAAAGCCUUUCUGUUUUUACACUCGGAGCGAGAAAGCACACCGUUUACCCGGGGCUGAAAUUGGGGGUUCUUUUAGUUUCAAAGUAAACAUGCCGGUCGAGGCGGGGCCUGGCUGGCAACCUCCCUCGUCAAUCACAAUAACAACCGAACAGCGGCGACAUGACAUAUUAGGGGGACUACCGUUACCAAAUUGCCCGUAUCUAUCAUCUUCCCUUCCGCCCACUGAACCUGGAUCCAAUUAUGGCGCGCCGGCACUUCAUAGUCCAACAGUUUCUCUAACAUUCCUGACCAUCGGCGUGACAUGUAUCACAUUUGGGAUCGUCGCAGCAGCAAAGUAUGAUUCGGCGCGUGUGUUCAAUAGGACGAUCAGAGACCGAUCAGUAAGAAAUGGAUGGUGGGCGGUAUAUUUCUUGGUGUUGGGUGUGAGCUUUCUGAUAGAUUUUAUACGGUAUGCUUUGGAUUUGCCACACAUGUCCCGAAAGCCCGAUCGUGGAUCAGGGAAGGAAGCUACGGUGGAACCCCAAAUCAUUGAUGCAUGGUUACUGUUUAUCUCCGCUGUCCUCCGCAGUUUUUCUGUGUUUUCCUUCACUUUGGCUCUCAACUAUCAACGAAAGAACCGAUCGAGCUCCAUUACACAGGAUCGAUCUGCAAACCCAACAAGCAAUCGUAACCCAGCAGCCGGACACCAUGCACCAUCGGCAGCAGCGUCAUCGCGGCCCGCCUCCUUCCCUGCGUACGGGACAGUAUCGUCUCAGUCCCUAUCACCAGCACGGAGCCCAUCAGGAAGUCGGCCGGGAUCGUUCAUAUCCCGAGACCGCUCACCAAAUACAAAUGCUGCCAAAGCUCGGCGCGAAAGAGAUUCAUCUAGCGAAAAUAUCAGAGAUGAAGAAGAAGCGCUCUUGGAGGGCUAUGAAACCCCGGACGGGUUUGAUGAUGACGAGCCAAUGUCGCGGCCUACGCGAUGCGGUUCUGGGAGCCGUUGUUGUGGCCUCGCAGGAUGCCUGAGAAGGGUUUUUGCUAGCUGGGGAUUUCUAGCACUUAUUCUGUGGUUGAUGAACUUGUUAUCCAUAUACCUGGCAACAAACCCACCUAGUAUGCCACCCGGACAUACGUUACCCAACGAAAUACCUGUGUCGUUCCCUCCACCUCUCGUCGAUCCAGGCCCGCACACAUACUCUCCAACAUUUUUCCGCUUCAGUGUAGCAAUGGACGUCAUUCAGCAUAUCCCAGUUUUGAUAUUGGCAACCAUGAUCAUUGCUGGACCCUAUGAGCACGAGGAAGUUGGACUUGGGAGGCGAACGAGCCGCAGGCGCCAAGGGCCUACGGGUUCGUCAAAAUUCCUUCUGUUCUUGGGGUUGCUGCUCGGUAGUGUGUGGCUGGUAGAGCCCAGUGUGUUGAGUCGCGGCGUGGAUGCGCUAAUACGUAGCACGGAUAGUGGCAGCAGUCUGAGCUAUCAUGGAAGAAUGUGCGUGGUUCCACCUUGGUGGUGGUUGGAAGCCCAUGAAGAUCCCACAUACCUGGACGGAACAAAUGGGGAUGUCGCGCCUCUCAUUUUGGGCACCGCUCUACCCAAACCCCCCGGGGAACUUCAUGGUUGGGCUUCAUGGGUGGAUUUGCUCCAGUGGACUGGGUAUGCGGGGUUAUGGCUCAUAUUUGGGUUCGUUCGCAAAGAGUACAAGCGGAACAAAGAGGAAUGGAUUUGGUUAACCGUAAGCGAGCUUCAAAACAUCUUUGAUUUCCGACGAUAUUGAACAAGUUUGAAAGCUUUUUGGUGUCAUUUCUAUCAUGUCCUUGCGCACGGGGUAAAAUUAUUUGUGCAUAUCGAAGCUGGUUUUGCAUUUCAUGAUAUGAUUUCUUUUUGGCGGCUUGUUUCUUUAUAUGUAUAUCUUGAUCUCAUCAGUUUCCUGAACAAACAAAAACAAAACUUGUUUAUAGCCUCCAAAACAAUGAACGACUCUUAUUCUCCUCACAGG